GAAAGAGAGAGAGAGACAGAGAGAGAGAGAGAGAGAGAAUGGGAGGGAGCGUUUCCGCGCGACCGCUCCACCAGAUUGACAGCUCGUUCCCUGGGUCCUUCCCGGUGUAGCCGUUAGCUCGGUGCACUACCUGCUGUUUGACUGCUUUACCGGCGAAAAGCAAACCAGAACUGCGAUGCGAGUAUUAUAAAAGGAACCGAGUUACGCUUCACUUAGAAAUAAACAGAAGCCACACCGAAACAAGGUCAGAGGCUAAGCAAGAGAAGGAGCGAGUAACAGAAGGAACGAGAGAGAUAGAGAGAGGGGGGCCAUGGAGCAGCAGAGACAGAGAGCUCUCUCCACAUCAGGAGAAUCGCUGUACGUCGUGCUGGGAGUCGACAAGAGCGCCACGACAGAGGAUAUCAAGAAAUGUUACAGGAAACUGGCAUUGAAGUUUCACCCAGACAAGAACCCGGAUAACCCGGACGCUGCCGAAAAGUUCAAGGAAAUCAACAACGCCCAUUCCAUCCUGAGCGACGCCACAAAGAAGAACAUCUACGACAAAUAUGGCUCGCUGGGGCUCUACGUCGCAGAGCAGUUUGGAGAGGAGAACGUCAACACCUACUUUGUUCUGUCCAGCUGGUGGGCAAAGGCCUUGUUCGUCUUCUGCUGCCUGUCCACAGGCUGUUAUUGUUGCUGUUGCCUGUGUUGCUGCUGUAACUGUUGCUGCGGUAAAUGUAAACCUCGGCCGCCCAUGGACCAGGAGCCCGAGUUCUACGUCUCCCCCGAGGACCUGGAGGCCCAGAUGACAGCUGACGAGAGAGAUGGCGUUGAGCCCAUCGUGGUGCAGCCGUCCUCAGCCACAGAAAGCACAAGCGCUCCACGUCUGAUAGCCACCAAUAGCUACAGGACCGUACUGACCAUACUAGACACACUUACCACACACACACACACACACACACACACACACACACACACACACACACACCUCAGACCUUCCGGUAACCACAGAUACAGUAUCAACCAAUGAUACCACACACACAGACACACACACACCAGCAAAUACUACAUACAAUCACGGAGAGUCAGUCAGCCAGCCCAAACCUUAACCUUGAAUUCACCUUAAUUUCUAGUUAAUGUGAAGUGAGGGGAGAAGGAGGAAAAUAAAGCAGGACAAAUAAAUGCAAAACUAAAAAAACGAUUCUUUUAAUACUGGUUAGGUAGAAUGCAGGGACAGAUGAGCUCCUAGUUAGGAGACUCUCAACGUCAUGGCAGAUGCAGUCUUAAGCACAGAACAUAGAGACAUGUUUACUAAAGCAUUAGACAAUGGUUUUAUCUGUGAGAGGUAGACCCAAAAAUUGUGAUGUUUUCCAUUUCCAAAAAAAAUCAUAAGAAAGAAAAAGCGUAAAAUAGCCCAGCUUCAGCACAAAAGGAAAGUGGUAACAGAGGAAACUUUGCAAAUGAAUUCUGCUCACACAUUUUAGUCUAGAAUGCAACAUUUUGGUUAAUUAACAAAUGAGAGAGAGACAUUAAUCACUAAAGAUAUGCAAUGACUUUUAACAGUAAUGCCUUUUUCUCGUCAUUUUCGGCGGAUGCUUUGUCAACACAGGAAGCGUUUUGUUUCUGGCUUCACUUGUGCUACACAAGUGUAAAUGUGACUUAUAGUGUACAUUUGUAACACUUUAAAAUCUAGUUUCUUCCGUCCUAAAGUGAUUUGGCAACCUACACAUGAAGUCAUUCUACCCACAUCAGAACCAGAGGUUAUGAUGCGCACUGCACACGCCACAAAAAUUGCAUGCAGACAGGCAGUACUACACAAGGAUCAAUCACUUCCCCCAUCGAUCAACUUAAGACAUUUGCCAAGUGAAUAUGUACACCAGGAGAGAGCUUUUUGGACAUGUCACACAAAUGUUUUACCCCAGUUGUCUAGAACUAGAUUUUCUUUUUCACUCAAACAAAGCCACUGAAACAAGCUGUCUCCUUUUGGCCCACUGGGAAACACUUAUUGAGGCUUUUCUGGAAGUAGGUCAGUGAUCCCGUGUGUGUGUGUUCAGUGAGGAGUUUGUCCUCUACACCCUCGGGGAACAUCCUCGCAGGGGCCCCUCGUUGCUCACACAAUUAACAGGUGCUCUAAGUAAUGACAACAGCAGGCUCGGCACUUCCACAUGAUACAAGCCUACGUGAUUGCACAAUCACACACGCGGCGGUCAUCAAAUGGUACGACAAAAAAAUAUUUUGAAUGAAGUUUGAAUGCGUUUAGUCUGCAACGGGGGGGGGCAACAGCGGACUAUGGGUUAGGGUUAGGGACAAGCUGUGGCGGCCAGUCCUGUAAUUCAUCAUGCCAUUUACCUCUCUGUCUUGAACGUAAUGCCAUAGCAUCUGAUUCCCAGUCACAGCAGUAGUUAGUCACAGUACGGUUAGCUUAGGUUAGUCCUCCAUAGAGGAACUUUAGGGUUUUAGCUAGCACCAAAAGGAUGACAAUUGAGAAUAAUAAUAGCACUUUAAAUCCUCUCCCACUGUGUAUAAUAGCAAUUUACCAAACAACAGAACAUAGACUUCAACAUAGACUUGAAUAAGAGCGCUGAUCUCAGUUUUAACAUCUUCUAUUCUGGCUGUGCCCGACUCUCCCGCUAGUAUUUAAGCAGUUUUCAUUUACUAAAGCAUAAUAGAUAUUUUUUUAUCAAAUUGUCACAAAUAACGGGCAAAUGCAUAUAGAUUCCUGUCAAAUAAGGUAACACAGACUCAUUGCAUGACAUUGCGAUCAUGCUCACUGUUGUCCAAAAGGCAGGAAAACCCCUGCUGGUAUUAAGGCUACUUCAUCGUAUAUCUGCCCUGGUCCUCCUUCACCUCUUUCUCUUUUCCUCCACUUCUUCCUACUUUUCCGUUUGGAUCCACUUUCUCUUUCACAUGUGAAGGAUGGAGCGCCAGCUCUGUGUGUGUGUGUGUGUGUGUGUGUGUGUGUGUGUAUUAGUCGAGACAUUAGAACCUCUUGGUGUCAUCCGGAACAACACGUACAGUACACACUGAUUGAGCCCUUUUUUCUUUUGUUUUUAGUUUCCAAUUUGUUUUGUGAAAAAGUAAAAAGACUGUACAUGUUGCGUAAAGUUUAUGUUUAGAUUUCAUGUCACUGUAUUUUGUUGAGUUGGUCAGAAAUUGAAACACUAAGUUUGUCCUUUACCUCUUCCAUUCUAUUUGUAGAAUUUGCUUUUCAUUCUUUUUGUUUUUCUUAUUCAUGUUGUAAACGAAGGGAGGGUAUUGAUAUCCAAAGUCUUAUUUGUUCGUGUGGCAGCAGGGUUUUUUAGAUGAUAUAAUCCUAUA